AUGGAACUCAGAAAAUUUGCACCUUUUGUCUUUCUCCUAUACCUAGGCGUUCUCUCCACAACUGUUAAAGGUAUAUAUACCACAGUGUUUGUCCUUAGAUAUUCUAUAAUUAGGAACAUUUUUUUAACAAAAACCUUUAAAUUUCUAUCUUGUAAAACCUAAUUCAUUUCGUUCAAAGUCUUUUGAAUUUUUCGGGAUGUGUUAUCUUUACAAGUUUGGGGAACAUAUCACGCCCGUUCCCUCGUUUUAUGUAACUAAAUUUGUGCUCGAGCUCACGACUAGCUAAGGAACGCACUAAUCACUUUGUUUAACUGACGUUUCUGCGGGUCUCAUCGUGAAGAAAACCGUGGAGGAGGUCACAAAAUCAAACCACUGGAAAAUUACAAAUGAAUGAUUUAAAACUUUGAGGUAACUGUCUCCUAGCUUUAUGGACUGAACCUUAUAGCAUUCUGUCUCAAAAGAAAGUCUCAUAUCGAUGUAUUUUAUUAUCUCCUUGUUUUUUGUUUGCUGAUCCUGUACUUCCCUUUUUCGGGAAAAUACGAUUACAUUACGAAAGCCUAGAUCAAUUAACUUGUUUGUUGCAUCUCGGUUAAAAUCUUAAAAAAAAACACUUUCUGUUAUGAGGCUACCACUUGAAAAAAAACGGAACAAAAUGGCUAAAAGGGGACGCUCAGGCAAUUAUUAAUACGAUGUUUCAUAUGCUUAGAAGACUUUGCAGUUUGCGGUAAGGUUUUUAAAAACCUUCCCUAUUACACUCCACACCCACAUUCUGAUUAACGCGGAAUUUUUAUCUAUUUCAAAUUUUCGAAGGAAUUAAAUAGUGAUAUCUGGCAGUUCAGCGAUCCGCUUUUAACAAAGAACUUUAGACAAGGUUAUGUUAUUUGAUUUUCAUAUCCAGUCCGAACCAGUCCAUUCCCCCCUUCUACCCAGCUGUCGUAACAUUUAAGAUACUUUCAAGCAGUAUCUGAAAAAUCAGAAUCUUCCCUUCCGUGCAGCUGUGCUUUAAUCCAAUCAGAGAUAACUGUCAUUGACGGCUUUUGGUACAAGGAGCCGAGCUCGCGUAAUGUUACGCUUAGCAAAGCGGUAAUUUGAUGGUUCAGAGAACUGGAUCUCUAGACAUUUAGAUUUGCUUUCAAUUCGUCCCACUGACUGUUAACGAAAAAGUGUGAGAGGAGUCACAAUCGGGUUGCUAAUGAUUGAUUUUGACGGUGGGAUGAACUUUAUUGAGAGUGAACGUGAUAAUAAACACAAAACAACAACUUAUGAUUGUACAUGUAAUUUGAAAAAUCUCUUGAAGAUAAUUAAAAAGUUUUGUACCUUUCUGAUAGUUUUUGGCUCAAAACGUUUUGGAGUGUGCGUAUAUCGAGCUCAUGGUCAUAAAGAAAUGCCAUUCACCAACUUGUUUUUUUCUAUAUCUUAAGAGCAUUUUGGGUAUUUCACAUUUAAAUAGCUGUAUAUGUGUAGAAAUCCUCUUCCUAAGCGCUAAGCUGCGUUCUUUUAGAGCAUCAUUCGGCCAUUUUCGUGUUCCUUUAGGUAGAGUUUCAGUUUACUUGCAGACAGCGAGUUGACUUCAACCUCGUCGGACCAAUUAAUGUCUGGAAGUUUGUUCCUUUCCGUUGCCCGUUUUUUUGCUUUCAUUGCAAGGAAUUUUUGGUGCUCUAUGAAGUGAUGACUGACAACUAUGAAACAGAAGCAUGUGGCAUUCCUCAGCUAGAAACUGUGUAGACCUAGAAACCCUCUCGCUGUUUAAAUCAAGAACAGACCUGGCAUGUCUGUGGGACCUCUUAAAUGCCAAAUGUUUUAUUGGCAAAGCUCACAACGUGGUUUGUGACUUCUGUGCAUGGACGAUUGUUUCAAUCUAUCAUAUGUUGACAUUCUAAAUAAGUUAAAGCAUGUGUUUAUGUUGAUGCAAUAUUUAGACAUUAUGGAUAGUCAAAGGAGUGGCAUCUGUCUAUUUGGAAAAUGUUUAUUUAUUCAUUAUCGAAUUUGUGAAAUUUAAUUAAGACCCCCCCUCAACUUACUUGAGAAAUCUAAUGUAGAGCCCCCCCCUCCUUUCCAUUAUUUUAACUUAAGGCCCCCCUCUGGUUUUAGGGCCCCCCCCCCUCCUGAUAAUUAUUGCACAGUCCCUUAUAGGCAUUUCCUAUCAAGUUGGAAAACUAAACACGUCAGAGACACGUCAAGGAUGGAAUUGCAACAGCGGGUGUGAGGCACCACAACAUUGUACACUGCCCCGCUGCACGAACGUGGUAUUUCCGCAAACGUUUACUGGAUCUGGAACCGUAAGUAAACCCUACUAAAGAAAUUAUGAAGUGGCUUCCUCUAAUGGGUUCGCGAAAACUUUCUUAUGUAAGCAGACCGUAAUAAGCUUCUUUAGAAACUAUCCUCUUAACAAAUUUUGAUUUGCCAACAUUGUGGCUUUUAUGAUGUUAUGACCUCAGCGAAUUUAGUGCACAUAGGUAUAUUCAAGUGUUCCAUAAUCCCUAAAAUGCGUCGUGUGUUUUUAAACAAAACAAAAAAGUCAGAGGAUUCUGACCAUAAAUUUAGUUUGGAAAAUAUCUAAUCCUUGGAAUAGGACCAGGACUGGGGGGUGGGGAGGGGUGGGGGCGUCAAUUAAGGGUGGCAGUUUUGCUUACUAACCAUCGCUAUUUGUAACAACUUGUUAUAUAUGAUGUUAUAACAUAGAAGGUUCUAAUUUUAAAUUGUUUGGUAAACAGUUGAUGCAUCAGGUGGUAUAAGACCCAAAUAAAUAUUGUCUUGUCUUGUCUUGAUUUCUCAUUAAUGCAUAUUUCUACCUGACGCAUUUCAGGUUCGAGUAUUUGUAUCAUUAAGCCACGAAGAUCAGUCAUCAGUUGUUCAUUCACCUUCUGCCUUGUGGGCAGAGUCCAUUAGUACAGCUGGAUUUCAGUUAUGCUCGCGUGGAACAGGUUCUACAAAUGACACUGGAAUAAUCAACUGGGUAGCGUUUCAGGACAAACCCAUGUUAACGCAUGGGAGCGUUACUUUUAGCGGAAUAUGGACAACAGAAACCAAAUGUGAGAAGGUGGCCUUUUCUCAGGUUAGAUAAUCGACUGGCAAUAAUUAAUUCUAUAAUUUAGUAAGACGAAAAAAAAUUAAAAUAGCACUUUAUUAAGCAGAUGAUGCUAAACAAGAGUGGAUAUGCUCUCUUGUACUGAACAAAUCAAAUAUCAGGAGUUUUUAUUUUUGAGUUAUAGGGAUCAGGAAAUUAAUUCUCUCAGUCUGGUUUAGUUUAGUUUUUCAUGCUAGGGCUUUUACUUUGGUGGUGUGAUUGAGAUGCUUGGUCGUAUUGAAUGUAUUGAUGUGUAAUAGUAGUGAAUCAGGAAAUUAAGCAGAGCUAUCUUUAUUUACUUGAAAUUUUAAUAUUUUCACAUUGCUAGUAACAAAGCUUAGCCGAAAACUAAAGUUUUCAUUUGUAACUUUUAGUAAUGUGGUAAAUAUGAUUGAUUUCGCCCUGCUUUUUGAAUGCAUUUAUUCGCAGAAAAAGGGGACGAAAAGAAACUCAAGCCAAUAUAAUUAGAUUACCGUAAAAUUCCGAAAAUAAGCCCCUCCAUGAAUAAGCCCCUCCAAAUAUAAGCCCCCUAAACCGGUAACGCAAAAACCGUCCGUUAAAUCACCCCUCCAAAUAAAAGCCCCCCGGGGGCUUGUACUUGGAAAAUUGCCCUCAAAUACAGAGUUAAACAAAGGAAAAACAGUAAAUUUACUUCCAUCUAUAAGGGAAGCUCAAUCGAUUUUGUAACGCAAAUCUCCCUCCUUAGAUAAGCCCCUCCGAAUAUAGGCCCCUCCAAAAAUAAGCCUCUCAAAAAGGACCUUUGAAAAAUAUAAGCCGCAGGGCUUAUUUUCGGAUUGAUCCAUGAUUCCUUUUUGCUUUCAUUUAAGUGCAGCUUACAUGAGGACAACAUUGACUCUUAUUUGAUUUCUAGGAAAUGUUGCUUAUUUUUUUCGGUUAAUAGUUUUUCAUAUGCCUAUAUAUUCUUUUUUGCAGAACUUUGCUUCCGAGCCUAAUGUAUUUGUCUCUGUCAAGUACACUCGCAGUACAAAGCCAAAUGAUGCUAUGUACUUAUGGUUAGAAAACGCCAAUUCUGGAGGAUUUGAAGUGUGCUUAAGGGAAUUCUUGUCCUUUGAUGGAAAACACCAAGAUGCAGUUGUUGUAAGAGAAGUAUUAUGCUCGAGUAAUUAAACAAUAAAGUGAAAGAUCACGGACUAUACAGUACUAUCAUCUUGGAUCACGCACUGGUGCAUGACGUAUUGCAUGACGUUUGCAAAUACGACUUGUGCCUUGUUAAUUCACGUGCUGCGUUAUUCGGGGUGAAAUAUUUUUGUUGUCUCUCACGUCGCGACGUCAGUGUUUUGUGUCGAUGUCAUAUUGUUACGAAUAAUGGGUAAGUAGAGGUGGCUCGACUGGAUUUUUCAGGGGUAAUACAGUCCAUGUUUGAGUAUUUCCUGCGUCGUUGUUAUUCGGUAAAGCUGAAAAUAUGUUUUGAUUAAUGUGACGUUGACAUCUCUGUUGUCAUGACAACGUAAUGAUGUGUUCAACACUGAGAAUUGUUUACGGGAACUUCUAAUAGCUGUCUUAAUGUUCGCGAAGUUUAAGCAAAACCUACCAGAGCAUUAUCGAGGUAUUUUGAUAGGAAGUUUUUUAAAGAUAGAAAUUAAGAAAAACUAAACUGAUCAAUCUUGAUUUGGUGUUUUUAAGGGGCAGCCUGGUCAAGUUUUGCAGAGUACAGAGAAAUGAGGUUGCAAUUAGAAUAUGUAAUGAUGGCACUGAAAAAUCCUGCCAACUUUCAGAAAAUGUCAUUGAUCAUUCUUGUCUAAAAGAUGGCAAGUUUAAUCUGUUCUUUUCUUCGUUUUUACCUUUUUACACUUUUUUUUGCCCCAGGACUGGUUUGCAUUCACUGGCAAUGGAAGUCAACUCAACUUUACAAUUACAGGAAAAGAGUAUUUUGCAAACAGUGGAAAUCCAUCAGCCCAAAACAACUAUGGCUUUUGUCAGGUGAAAACUACUAUAUUUCAACAUUUAGCACAGUUAUUUGUAAGAUUAAAACUUUCAGUCAAUCUCAGUAACAGUAACAGUUUCAAUAACUACUGCACAGUUAUUUAGUGGACAGCUGAUUGCCAAUAAAGUAACGAAUUUUAAAAAUACUUUUCAGUCUUUGUCCUUAUCAUCUAUUAACUCCUGGGCUGUUUCCACCUUACCGUUCGUACUUAUUUUGCGUGUUUCUUGAGUUAUAUUAAUAGUGAUGAAUGAAAAUACAGCGAAACUGUCAUUUGUCUAAACAUCCAAUUAAAAAGUUAUAGAUUUGCACAAAUUCAGAACAACUUUUAUUUCUAAAUUUUACCUCAUGAGAGUUUAGAAAUGAUGGUUUUCGAGGAGAGGGGAAAACAAGAGCACCCAGAGAAAAACCUCUUGGAGCAAAGGAGAGAACCAACAAAAAUUUCAAGCCACUGAUGACGCGUCUACGCCGGGUUUGUUCCCCGGCUACAUUGGUGGGAGGCGAGUGCGGGUGCCACCCUUGAUCUCCCUUUAGUGACAAUUACAAGCUAAAUCUUGGCAACUCGUUUCGUGUCAUUGACAAUAAUCACUGAACUAUAUCUGUAAAAGUUAGAACUUUGUACUAUGCCCGCUGACCCAACCUUAUAGCGGUCCCUUAAAAAAAUAGUAACAUAAGUACUAAGUGAUAAGUGCUGUUGUCGGCCUAGUCUACGCGCCGAUUUGAGGUCGUUACGCAAAUUAAGGAAUAGUUUAUCAGCUCGUUGUUUUUUAUGGUUGUCGGUUUUCGUGAGGACUCAAAAAGCUGUACGUACACUUAUACACUGUAUAGAGUUACUCGAGUUUCUUCAGCAAAGAAGAGUAUGGCUUGUCUUGAAACGUAUCUGCUUUAUAUUCAUUGAAAAUAGCUAGCCCUGCAUCUUAUCUUAGACUGAGAGAUUAUUCUGAGAAGUGAAAGGUUUAUACAGGAUGGCCCAAAAUAAUGGGAAAAGAGCUACAUGCUAAUUCAUCUCCUUAAAACGUUCUUGAUUUUUCUUACGUAUUUACAGGAAGCACCUUUCAAUACGACCUUCUAUGAAUCGCCAGUUGUGAUUCUUUCCGUAAAUCAUCAAUAUGAUCGUCAGAUCAAGGGAAGUCGUCUUCCAGGAAAUAAUAUCAUAUCGGCAUGGGUAGAGGUAGGUUUGCAUUGCUAUUACGUGUGGUUGAUGAUCAGGAUUAUGGAUUUUUUCAGUGCUUUGCUGAAUCAUUUAUGCAUUAGUCUGCUUGAAGAGCGACCACACCUUCAGAUCCAAGUCACAUCUCACUCGUUUGGUCAGGGGAUAAAGGUACUUCGGUCAGUCUUCUAAAUUGAUUAAUGUUCCCGACCCCGAAAUGAUCCCUAACCCUGAAAUGAUCCCCGAAUCGACCCCGAAAUGAUCCCCAUUUCUCUUCAGCGUCGACCCCGAAAUGAUCCCCAAUUAAUUCUUGGAAUGGAACUUGUAUUCCGUCACGGAAUUAUUACAAAUCUGUUGCUGCGUUUACGUUCUUAAAUCGCGUUUAACAUUUCCCUUCAAAUUGAAAACGUUACAGUCAAGAACAGUAUUUCUCCUUCUUCCCUUCCCAAGAGACCCCGCGCGCGCCUCAACCUAAUCCUAAAUCGUCUCUCAUCCCAAAAAACACUAGAUAACUAACCAUGUCAUAUUAUGUAAUAUCCGGUCAUUAUGUUACUUCAUAUAUAUUUCUGUAAAUUCGUGAUAUCUCAAUAAACCUGAUGAAGACUGGUAUUGGCCAGUCGAAAUAUCGCAACUUAACUCUACUUCACGUUGUUUGAUCAGUCCCUGCAGAAGUCUUCUUGACUGUAACGUUUUCAAUUUGAUCUAUUUUGACUGAUCACGAUCUUUUUGGAUCUGACGUUGAGCAAGAUUGAUCGCACACGGUAUUUGCAGUGUUUUUUUUUUACCUUAAUUAAACAUUUCGCUAGAGUUUAUCUGUUUUUUUUUUAGCGCUUUUGUCAUCUAAUUGCCUUUAUGUAUACUUUUGCAUCUUCAACAUCAUGUUAAGAUUUUAAAAAGUGAAAAAACACCAUUUUUAAAAUUCAAUAUCCAAGGCAUGCAGUUUUAACAUCAUUUUUAGAAUUUAACAUCUAUGCAGUUUUCUCUAUAACCAGGGCUAUAAUCACCUAAGUAAUAAUUAAGAAAAAUGUUAUGUUUCUUGAUAUCAGUGUCAGUUGCAGUUCAUGGUGUUCCCAAAAAUACACUAGACUUUGUGUAUUUUUUGAUAAUAAUAUUUUUCGGCGUUUAAUCCAGUUCAAAGUGUAAUCCCAAAUUAAUGUCAUGUGGGCAAGUGAAGAUUAUUAGUGAAGCUUAAGUUAUAAUGUUGUGCAUUUUGCACGAUCCAGAGUUCUAGGAUAUCAUUCCAUUCCUAAAAUUAAAUGGGGAUCAUUUCGGGGUCGAUUUGGGGAUCAUUUCAGGGUUGGGAAUCAUUUCGGGGUCGGGAUCAUUUCGGGGUCGGGAUCAUUUCGGGGGCUGUACAGAUCUGAUCAAAGCUAUCGUUGAAAUUAGCGGGAAUUUAUAUUAAAUCGGAAGGUCACAUAUCUAAAUUGACGUUCGAUGAAAAUCGGACCAUGUUUAUUUUCUGAGUGCUAUCACUUUUUGUUGUAGGAAGUUGGAUUAGAAUCUAUGAAGAUAUGCGUUAAAGACCUCAGUGGAUUAGGAUCGAGUCAUGAUCCCUUAAUAGUCAGCUACGCUGUUACUGGAGGUUAUUUUUUUUCCUUUUAAUAUAUUUGUCUGUAUUAUCUAAAUUCGCAUAGCAAACCAUUUAAUGACAUCACCAUAUAUAAACCUUAUGGUUCACAACAAUAACAGAGCCCUGGCCGGUAUACAAACAUGUUGUAAUCAUACGUGAUUGUUAUUUUUUUUUUUUGAAUGGUGAGAAUAACUCAAUAAUAUAAUGACUUGUUUCUUGGUACAGAUCUUAAUCCUUGCCUUAAUGUGCAUUGCCCUCGAUUUGGAGUCUGUAGGACCUACAGUGCGCAUGACGCUCGGUGUGAGUGCGAUGACCAAUGCCCCUCAUAUGAAAACCCAGUGUGCACUGCGAACGGAACAACUUACGGCAACCGAUGCUGGCAUAAGUUAAGCUAUUGCAAAGGACUUGAGAAUAAUCUGGUCUAUCACCCAGGAAGCUGUGAAGGUAACGAAAAAUAAUUUCUUGCACCUUGUCCCUUGUCCUUCCUGUCAAGGAAAAGUUUGAAGGUUUUGUAAAAUUUCAUCGGUUUUGACGCAAAUCAUCCGAUAGUUCACUCCAAUAUUUUCUAGUCGUUAUUCGCCUUUGUUUCGUUGCCUCAUUCCUCCAUUGCCGUUUUAGUUCAAAGUUCUCCGGUGUCCUAAUUUGUCUAAGUCGUUUCGAAAAACGACACUUUGGUCUGGUAGCUUUUGUCCAAGCUGGUGUCAUACAAGGCACAAAUUAAUUUUGCCCUCAUGUUCAUCCUUUUUACUUUUUAAAAUAAAGCUUUAUUUUUCUCCUCCCCUCGUCUCGGGCUUUGCACUUGUUUCGCACUUCGCGCAAAAUGAUGCUUGGCUCAUAAGGAUCUGGAAAUCCGUUAAAAUCUUGCCCUGAAUCCAAAAUCCAUCCAAAAAUAUUUUCAAGAGGUGGCUCGCCUAUUCGCCUAUCAAACGCCUGUUGCCCAGGCUAACACGGAUAUUUCCACGUAGGCGGCUUUCUUUUGACACGAGAAUUUAUAUCGCUUGUCGCUGCAGUUUCGUAACCAAGAUUUGGAUGAACGUCUCCACACAAUAAUAAUUAAUUCAGUUGCAAUGAGGCAGAUGAGUUGCGGUGGUGAAUGAUUUUGCAAGAAGCGAAGUGUUUCUUUCGCUUGGGAGUAAAACCAAUAUUGCUUCUCGAAGCACAUGGCAUGAAGACAGAGUAGCCCAAAGUUAAGCAAAUGCUGUAGGGCAAAAACUCAUUAAACUCCCCGACAGAGGUGCCUCUAAGUUUUGUUGAACAUUUCGUACUGUUUGGAGACGUGCUGGCACGCAAAACAUUAAAAACACAAAAAUUUUUGCGAGAGCACCAUGAUGACCGCUGUACUCGUGUCCUAGCAGUGUUUAUCUUGGGCACUGAAACCAGCAUGCAAAAAUAAGAAGCUACUAUAAAUUAUGUUGUGGAAAGGUGUCCGACAUGGCAGGUUAUAGCUUCGUUUAGUUCCAAUUUUGCUGCGCUGGAGUUCUCACACGCUUUUUUUAGCACCAACCAUCACCACGGAGACAAUGCUGAAAGAUUGCUCUAAAGCAAGCUGGUAAAGCUGCCUUAAUGAUAAUGCUUAAUUGUUAAAGUGACGCUUCCUCAUAAUGUUCUUAAUUUAUUAUAAAACAGGUUUUCCAAUUGUACGGGGCCGUAUAGAUUUGCUACACGUUCCAAAAUGGUCAGAUUCAAACUGUCAGACAGUCGCAUUUCCUCCAUACCGGUUUUAUCCGGAUAAACAAGUUGAUGUUCAAAUAACCGUCAACCACAUGAAGCUGAAUGACUCUGUGACAAUCCACGACGCUGUUACUUCAUGGACAGAAAGUAUCAACACAAAAAACUUCACCGUCUGUGUCAUGCAAACCGGGAGGAAAGAAGAAGGUGCGAAUCCAUUUGCCACCAUUGAUUGGGUGGCUUAUCAAGGAGCACCAGCCGAAGGAUUGACGGGAACGGUUGAGUUGCAGAAAUGGUGGUCUGGUACCAACUGCGCAGAUGUAAUCUUUCCUUCGGUAAGACGGGAAUAUUUUUGUACGUACAAAUUUAACUCAUUGUUGCAAUAAAAGUAUCCUAGGACGAAUAUCUUAGACUUUCAUUCGCCACUACAGCUUUAUCCACGUCUUCCAAACGAAGUUAGUCAAACAAACAAAAAUAGCUUAAUAAAUCUAGCUGGAUUUUUGAAUUCAAAAUGAACCUAGCAAAAUUUGCCGCCAUAUGGGUGGAAACGGGCCAGAAAGUAGGUUUUUCUGGUCCCGUAAGUCCGAAAAACACACUAGAAAGGAAAAGGAAAGGAAACAUAGAAAGAUUCCCUUUAAAGUGAGGAUAGGCUAAUUUGCCUAUUAGCAGUGAAUUUCAUGUCACGUGCAGCAAAAUUCAAGGAAGCAUUAACACGCCUUCACUUGUAGUAAAAAGCUAUUUUGAUUGUUCUUAUUGCUUCAUUGUUAUAUUUUUCAUUUUUUCAGGGAAAGUUUCCUGGGGCGCCAAUAGUCCUUGUGACGUCAGAGCACCUGAGGACUGGUAAAGAGUAUGAUGCUGCACUCAUUUGGAUUGAAGACUUAACAAAGGACUCACUUAAAAUCUGUCUUCGUGAAAUGCAAAACUUUGACGGUAGACACCAAGAUAUGACUGUGGUACGUUAUCAGUUUUUAAAGAAACUAGAACGCCAUUGUUUACACAAUUUGUGACGAAUGCUGGUUUGCAAACUAUAAUAGCGAUAUGAUUAAUAGCAUUCGUAACUUCAAGAUUAUCAGCGAGUGAUUGUUUAGUCUAAAGGAGAAAGAAAAUGGAAAGUAAUAAAAACGGGAAAAAAAUAGACAUGAAUUGCUUUGCCUAUUCCUCAUGCUUCCUUUCAUGUUCUUACCCGAUGCGCUUGGUGUUCUGGCCGAAAUUGUGACGUCUUGCGUUCUCUCCUUGGUCACCACUCCAUAGAGCUCAAAAUGCUAAAAAUGCUUUAAGGCCUAAAGAAUGCUGGGCUUUGAAAAAUGUUUGGUGAGGAUGAUAUUACAAUAUUUACACAGUACGGAUGGCAUGGGCUCCUGAUCACUUUUGUUGUUCUCUUUUUACAGAACUGGUUUGCAUUCUCCAAACUGCACAAGCCUCUUUUCACGGAACAUGGCGUCAUAAGUUUUCCAAAUACGAACCCACCUUUGGAUAAAAUGAACAAUGCUUAUUGCGAGGUGAGAAUAGGAUUACUCAAUCACGCCUUUUUAUCUCAUUCAUCAUCUCAAGAAGCAUGCUGUUCACAGCAUUCAAUUUAGAAAAAUAAUUCGUUUACUAACAUAUUACUGAAUAUUUUCAAAACAGUUGCAGUCAUGUGCAGUAAAGAUCGCCGAAAAUCUCUUAUAAAGCGACGAGAAAAAUUAAGAUGCUGGCACAGAAAAUAAACAUAAAAUGUCGGCAGUUCGUCCUGAUAAAAUGAUUAAUUUUAGUCCAAUGUUGGCUUAAAAACAAACAUCUGGAACAAAGAAACAACAACAACAACAACAACAAAAACAGGAGGUAAUUCAAGCUUGUAAUGAUCAGGAAACAGUGUCUCGAGCGUUGUAUGUUUCUUUUAUAUGGCAGUUCGUUUCAUUCACGAGAGUCUAUAACUCGACCCCGACAGUGCUUGUCUCAGCCAAUCACAGUACGACGGUAUCUGGGAAUUCAGGUCCGAUUCACAACGGAAUUACCACGUGGAUUGAGGUAAAAAUUCUUUCUCACUUAAAACUUAUUAUAGUGACGUGUCCUGGUAAACAAAUUUCAAACCAAAACUAUAACUAUAAGGAUAAAAUCAAACAGACUGGCAGAGUGGCCUUAUAUAGGUGUAGCUUACUUGUUGUUUCGACAUAAUAUGUCAUAAUUAUAGUGUAUUGCAAACUGCACCUUAUCUAGGAAAGGCAUGUGAUCAAAAUAAUAUUAGAUAAUAAUAGUAACUGCUGUGACUUGGGUAAAUUUUGAGUCGUGUACAUUUGUAUAUAGUCUUAGGUUUUAGAUCAUUAAUUUAAAAGUCGUGUAAUAGAUAUGUUUGCCAGUAUGUAGGAAAGUGUCCUCAAUUGAUAAAUACACUCACACUAAAAUGUGAUCAUUAUUAUUGUGAUUACGUGCUUUUCCUAUUAUUAUUAUUAAUAGUAUUAUUACUAUUAUUAUCAUUAUUACCAUUAUUAUUAUCAUCAUCACUAUUAUUAUUAUUAUAACGUUAACCCAUUGACGGCCCUGCCGGCCAAAACUGGCAGUACAAGACUACACUGCCUAAAACAUUGCAACUUUUUCAAUCGCGCGAGCAUUGCCUUAACUGUCAGGUAGAGUAUUGGGAAUAAUAGAAUGCCCUUCAAAUUGGGAUAUCCUGAAUAGACGCAAAAAGCGCUCUUUGCAAAAUAUUACCUUUCGAAUUUGGACAAGAUCAAAGUAAAAAUUGUCGUUUUAAACGUCAUAGAACAACAUCAAAAAUCCUGUUUCCUGCCUUCAGGAUUUUUUUCAGAAAUCAUCGUUGCAAAACCAAAAGUCACCAUUCACAGUAAAAUUCAGUCCUUGUUCUAGUUUAGAAGUGACUUUUUUUGUUCUCCUUUGUUUUCUGGAAAUAUAGCCUUCUGUUCUAGUGCAGCCUGGCCUUGCCUCGAUUUUCAACAUCACGACUGCAGUGCAUGCUAGGAAAUAGCCAUUUUUUUUCAUAUUUGUACAAAAUCUACUGUCGCUCUGACCUACCACGGCUUGUUUUCAUUUUCAGUUGUCGCAAAUUUUUAAAUAUAUGCCGUGGUAGGUCAAGAAAUUCAUCAGUAGUCGAGUCCCAAAGCUUCUUCGUUUCGGAGCGGCCAUUAUUUCUCCAGUUACACGAGCAAUAAGCAAAAUUCGCAAUCAAAGUUCAUCACCUUACUCACUUCUUUAAGAAAGUGGACUCUUAGCUACCGUCACGCUUAAUGAUGCUCAUCAGGAAGCCACUAAAGGUGAAAUAUGGCUGUAAAAGUACCAAACAUCGCGUAGAAUCCAAACUUCAGCGGUUAUUAUAGCUCAUCGAAGCAAAAUGACUACGUCAGACUGACGUUUCCAGAAAACUCAGCCUUCAGUGUUUUAGAACAGCACCUUCCAUGGUAACCCCAAUUAUAGAUUCACGAAAUCCUAUGGAUUGUUUCUAUGUAGAAAAUCACUCUAAACCCUGAAAGUCUUGGACGUUUAUGGGUUAAAUUAAUUAAGGAGGCGUGAUGGUCUUGCACUGUAGGCUCAAGUUCAUGCGUAACUGUCCAGCGCCGUAGCGAGUAUGAGGCCAACCGAGGCACUCGCCUCGGUAAAAUUUUGACGAAUUUCACCGAUUAUUUUUAUUUUACAUAAGCGAUCAUCGGAUAUUUUUAACGCAUCAUGAUAUUACAAAGAAUUCAGCAAUUCAGUCAAUAUACUAUGAAAAAAUUACCAUAUCAUCGAUCUCAAGGGGCUACGUACGUUAACUCAAAUUUUUUUUGAACAAAUACUGAUCAAAACCAUUGGCGAGGUUAACGGUCAUCCAGAUUAUGUAGCUUGUUUCUGAUUAUUGCUUUUUAAAUUCCACUUAAAUUAACUCGAAAAAAAGUUACCGAAAGGCCCAGAAAACGCUGCAAAUCGCAUUUCCGAGAGACUAAUGUUCAAAAUUUCUCGGGGGGGCAUGCCCCCGAACCCCCCUAGCAACUCCCGGCUGCCUCGGUUGGCCGUUUGGUCUGGCUACGGCACUGCUGUCGAACUGUUUUCCUCAGACAAGGAGCUUUGUCCCACUUUGCAUCUCUUUAUCCACGCGUCUUAUCCAGGGGGAAGUGGCAAUACUGCUGGAUGCUCUUUCGGGAUAGACGGGAAUAUUUAGCUGUGGUAGUGAGGGCCAUGUGUCUCGCCAGCGACGUAUAGCCUACAUUAUUCAUAAGACAUAGAAAAUAAAAUCGUUCUUACUAAAAACACCCUUGUGGAAAGCGAUAUACAUUUUUUAAAAUUAGAUAACACUUUCAACAGGGGCACCCAAUGACUGUUUUCUUUAAAUUAUAUGUUCGGAGAAGCAAAUAUUGCCUAGAAUUUUCUUUGCUUGAUGACGACUAGAAAUUUUACAGAUGACCGUCCCAGUCAGGUACGAUUUUCGAAGCUUAUCUAAUAAAUGUCCUACGAUGUUCUGAAAUUUAACUUCUCACAUUUUACUCCUCAUGUUGGGCUAAUUUUCGUAGAAAAAGGAAACCUAAAGUUUUCGGAUUCAAAAAUGCGAUGGAGAGAGGAUUAAGAAAAUAUCACUUUCGUAAAACAUUAUAUCGCGUCUAAAAUUUUCUGAAAAAUAAUACUGAAGCCCUUGUAAUCUCGAGAAGCUCAAUUUCCCCUAGGAUGAUGGAACAGAUACAAAUUUUUUAUAGCGCCGCUUAAAAUGCGUUUCUCAAGAUCAAAAGUACUCUGGAUAGCCUAAAAAGAAUUUUGAAUGUAUUUAGGGGAAAAUAGUCGUUGGGUGCCUUCAAUCUCUUUUCAUUCACUCAGUUCGAGGUCCUGAAAAGCGAUAACUAUUCACACAGACCAUGACCAUCGUCAAGUGACGUUACUGAAUCUUUUUGCAGUCUUUUGACUUCUUCGAUAUCAAAAGCAAUAAUUUUAGACCUAUGUAAAUAAGUUUAGACCUAUGUAAACCCAGUUAUUGUGUUAUAUUUGCAGAACAUGAAUACCUCUGGAUUCAGAGCCUGUGUCAAGGAAUUAUACGGGACCAGAUAUGACCCCUUGUCCGUCAGUUAUGCUGUGCUCACAGGUCUGUUAAUUACUACUAACUGUCUUCAUUCAUUGAGGAUGUCCACCGUAUGUUUUGACAAACGAAGCUUACCAGAUUAACCUGAAAACAAUUCGUCUUUUGAUUCACCUGCGUUUUUUUUUUUUGAAGAACAUUUCACCGGCAAGGAUACAACACUUUGCUCAAAUUUAAAGCAUCAGGCAUCAAACAAACGUUUAAGAACUUUGUGUUGCUUGCGAAUUCACUUUUACGUAGUGAUCUUUCUUCCAUCUGGGUGGCACCACUCCAACUGCCCGGAAACGAUUCUAUUUGCGAUCAUUUUCGUAUCCGCCUUGCAAUAGUACUGCGGCUGAGGUGCCGUUAAGGUUAAUAUAUACCUAGGUAUUUUUUUUAUUUAUUUGUAUUUUAUACAAAAAUGGAGUAAGUAUGGCAAGGAGGCCUAAAGGAAACUGUAUCUAGCCUAAUGUUAAUUAAGCCUCCUCAAUUACUAAUAAUGUUUCAUGAUAGAUGACAUACAAAUUACGACGACGGAUACAAUUAUUUAUCAAAAGUAAAGUAACAAUAUAAUAAGGAAAUUAAUAAAAGUUGAAAAUUAUCAUCCUUGUCUGACUUUGUAGAUAUUUGUGAUCCUGGCUGGAACUAUUUCAACGGCUUUUGCUAUUUCACAAGUACGACUUGUCAAAAUUGGACCAUAGCACUGGAUAAAUGCCGGCAAGAAAACUCGGUUCUUGUUGACGUCCAAAACAAUGAAGAAAAUGUAUUUUUACAGCAUCUUCACAAUGGAGCAAAAUCCUGGUUAGGAUUGAAUGAUAUUUUUACGGAGGGUUCCUUUACUUGGGCAGAUCGUGGUACCGGGAACUUUACAGCUUGGGCCAAAAACCAACCAAACAAUUUUCGGGAUGAGGACUGUGUGCAUACACUUGGUGUUGAAUACAAAUACGAAUGGAAUGACGUGAAAUGCAGCGACUGUCAUCAGUACACUUGUAAGAAAGGUAUGGUUUUUAAUGUAUGUUUAGUUGUAAGGUUUUGGUUUAACAAAUUAAUAUAAAUAAGAAAUAAUAUAUAGAUCACACUAAUAGUGUUGGAAAAGAAUUAUUGGAUCAAUUGAUACUUCUUCAAAACCCACCCCUUCCCCCCACCCCUUGCCACCACACUAAACCAUGAAAUUUAACGUUUUAUAAAAGCUAGUUGUUAUUCAUGAACUUUAAAUCGGACCAAGAAACUGCUACGUGUAAACUACCCUUUUGAUUUAGUUAUACUUUUUGUUUCUUCUGGCGAGACGAGCUUUUCCCUGGAGUGUGACCAAAAGGGUGACCAAGCAAAAACUAAAGCCUAAGAAAUUUAUUUCCGAAAAUUUUGUUGUAAGCCGAACACAAGAAACUUCAAUCCAGAUCUUUACUCGAGCAACUCCGUUGGUUAACCGUAAAAUAGUUAAUUGUUCGUCGAAAGGAACAGCAACACAUAUGUCUGAGACUUUCUUCUGUACCCUACUAAGUUUUUUAGCCCUACGCUCAGAGUCUGUAUGGACAGACACAGGGCGUGCGCCGACGUCAUAACCAAAUUUUCUGGCAUGGAUAGGUUUCUAUUUUCUAUAGGUAUGGGCCUCCGCUGCGAAAAGCGCGCGGACGCUCCGUUGAAACAAACAAAAACAAUACACAGGACAACCUCUGAACAAAUAAUAUGAAUAUCUGGUGAUACUGCGCAGUACAAACAUUGAUUGAAUUAGGUGAACCAAUAGAUGAAAGUAGUAACAAAAAAAGGAAACGCGAUUGAUCGCCCCAUGUGAGGGAUUCCGGAUUCCGAAUCCUAGAAGUUUUUUCUUGUGGGGCUCUGAAUCCAGUAAACUUUUGCAGUAGAAUCCGAAAGCCUGGGCUUUGGAAUCCGUAAUAUGGCACAGGGAAUCCGAAAUCCACGGCAUAAAAUCCCGAAUACAAGCUUGUAUUAGAUUCCCUUAUAUGAGGCGAGAGUAAACUGAUGGAUAAAUGAUUAAAAGACUUUAAGCUUUUGAAUAACUCCUCUAGUCCAAGAGUUUUAGCAAAUAUUAAGUUCUAUAUAAAUUUAUAUUUAAAACUUUUAUCAUGUUUUGGAGGCCUUCUCGGCCUAUCACUUAUAAAUUUCGAAAUAAUUUCAGAUUUUAGAAAGUUCUAAGGUCUUGUAAUGUCUAGAAGGAGUAUUUUUCAGAACAUGGGAACUAGUUUUCCAGUUUGGAGCUGGAUGCUUCAGGAGCCAGAGGUCCGUGACGAUCAGAAGAAAUACUAAGAAAAAGCAAGAUAAAAACGCCUUGUGACGAAAAAUAUCAAUCUGCAUUUUUGACGGUUGACGGCAAAAAACAACUCUUUUAACGGUUAACGGUUACAGUUUAGGCCGUUUGACGGCUGACGCUUAACCCCAUUGAUACCCUCUUAGGGGCUGUUUACAUGACGAAGGGGCGACUUUCCCCCCCGCGCAAGUUCACUCCGGUUCCCUCUCAUGACUCUAUAUUUGUUUACAGGAUACCACCACAAAAUGUCAUGCUGGUGCGAGUCACCACGGCGUGAGUUCACCACGGUUGUUGUACCGGGCGAGAAUUUCACUUCAGUACGAAAUCUCGCAACAGUAUCAGGUAAACGUGAAUCGACCACCCGUUUCGGUUUGAAAUCGGUCUGCCGGUAGACUGGAACGGGUAGCGCAUUCGUAACGUUUGCGAUUUUGAAUCACAGGUGUAUUUUAUCAUCAUGUAGUGUACCUUCAAAUAACGAGAUAUGAAAUGACCCUGUCAUCAUGUAAACGCGGGUCAUCCCGGUAUGAAACGCGCGCUGGUGCGAGUUUACUCAUGUAAACACCCCCUUAAAGAGAAACUGGCUGCAGAAAUUGAUUAAUAUAUGUUUUCGUCUUAUAUAGAUCUGAAUGAGUGCAGCAGGGACAAGUAUUAUUGCCAUCGUUUUGCCACCUGUUCAAAUAAUCGCGGUUCCUUCACUUGCACUUGUGACCUUCAACAAGGUUUUAUCGGGGAUGGCUUUGAGUGCAACUUAAAUUAUGCGGGUUGGUGAUCUUAUGUAGGCUUGGUUUAGCCGUAUGGACGAGCUAAGUCUCCAUCUUCUUCUCGACAACGGCUGGAUAAUUGGUCCUAAUGGUCCACACCUGUAGUACAUUACUCACAUUCGCUCUUUAUGCAAGUUAGACUCUGACUCACAUUUUUAAUUCUUGGGCACGAUUGGCAAAAAAAUGUAACUUGUUAAAGAUAUAGAAUCUGCAUUUUAAUGUUAAAAUGUAAAAAAAGUAAAUUUAACUUAACAAGGAUCUUUUCAGAGAUUUUGUCUCGUGAAAACAAACAAGAAAAAUAUAUAUUUGUAUGUAUUUGUGGAACGGACCUGAAAUCUUGCAAGGAAGCUUAAUGAGUAUAUUCAUUUUCAAAAAAAAAGCCCAUAAUGAAAAUAAAAAUAGGCAAAACCAUGUGUCGGAUGUCAAGUGAAUGGCAGUUCCAUCUGAUAUUCAAAAACUGAGAAAUGGGUAGGAAUACUUUAGGACAUGGAUGUAUUUGUAGAAUUUCGAACUUAAUGUAAAAAUUAUCUAAAUUUUAUCUUGCAAGUCUUGCAUUUCCAGAUAGUUUUCUUAUGCCUAAAUAGGACAUAAGACUAUUAAGUGAAGUGUCCUUGUAAUUCCAACAUCCCUACUGCCCUUGUCCUUUAUUAUUAUUAUUAUUAUUAUUAUUAUUAUUAUUAUUAUUAUUAUUAUCUCGUAGGAGGAUUGACAGACUCCGCUAUUGUGGGAAAUGAUGUUAACUACUUAACUCAUUUAAGCACGUGGCUCAAACCAGUUGCUCAGGGCAAAUCUUCACGAUGGAAGUGUUGUUGGCGGGCGUCCGUGGACGGCUGGGCUGUCAGUACUUUUCAUAGCCGUUGUGACAACAAAGGACCAACUGUAACAUUCGUAAGAGUCGGCGGGAAAUACAUAUUUGGAGGCUACACUAGCCUCUCAUGGGGUAAGUGGUAACCGGACAUAGUAGCAUGUAAAAUUGUCUAAGGAAGUAUUAGAAGAUGAUUUGCCCUUUGAUUCAAGAGCAUUUUCUGUGACCUCUUUCGUGAAGUGUAAAGCUCUUUAUUGCGACUAAAUAUGGCUUUUAGGCUCUUUGAUUUUCUCUAAAGUGCCUCAGGAUCUGAAUAACUAAGCGAUUUCUUUUAGUACGUGACUGUGAUAUUUUCCUGCAAUGUUGUAUCACGCUGUGCCCAGCUCACGGUGUUAAGUUUUGUUUACAUGAUGUUUUGAAAGAGGGUCACAAUACAGUUCUCAAAUCCCGCCUUCCCGCUAUCCGGCCUUUUUUAACGUCCGAAUCCCGAUCCCGCCCUAUUUUUUUUUUAACGAGUUUCUUGCUUUCAUUAUACAAUGUUUACUAACCGACUAACCUUUUUGAAAUAGGAGGCUUGGAUGUUAAGGUUUAAGGUUCUUGACUUAGCCAUUAGCGAUCGUAACUCUAUUUUCUGUUUUGCUUAUUUAUUUAUUUAUUUAUUUAUUUUAUUUUUUUCUGAGCACAUCAGUACAAAAAAGAAGGUUUACUUCGAUCUGAGUUCCGGCCAUUUGGAAACAGCCAGUUGAGUCGGGUAGAAGGAUGUUUCGAUUUCUUUACUGCUAGAUUCUAUUAGGCGAUGACGCCAAUUGUCUACGCUGACUACGGGUCAUGGAAAAUGUGUAUGAACACAAUGGUUGCACAGAUUUAUAGAAUGUUGUCUUUCAGAUAUGGAAAGAUAAACCUGGUAUGAAAUCGAACAGCACAACCAAAUGCAAACAACCCCCAUGCAGAAAGUUUACUUUUCCAACCUUCUUGGACUUGGUCCUCGAUUCUUGUUUAAAAUCUCUUUAUUUCUUCCAUUCUUAAAUCGGCACAAAAAUACGUGCGUGAAAUAGUUUGCAAAACAGUCCUUUUUUCUCACAGUCGCUUUUAAAAGGUGCCAAAAUGUAGUCACGAUAGAACUUAAUUCCCGUAUCCCGCUACUUUUCCUUUACGAUUCCCGCAUCCCAACCCAAUAAAAAUAGGAAAUCCCGCUCCCGCUUAUUAUCAAAAUCCCUGCUUCCCUGCUUUUUUAGCUCCCAUCCCGAGUAUCACCACAAAAAAUAGCCAGAUCCCGCAUCCCGCCAAACCUAUUGUGGACCCUCGUAAGACGCACAGUCACUUAAUUUGAUUUUAGCGCACAGUCAGUCCAGUCGAUGCCCAGGCACUACCACGAUUUUAAAUGUUCUAUUUUAACUAUUUUAUGUUUUAAAUGCUGUAGUCAAUUACUUAAAGGUGAUUAAUGAAAAUUCAUUUUAUAUCCUUUAAAUACAUUUUGUAUCUUUUUCAUUUGGAAUCUUAUCGUAUCUUUUAAGAGUUUUUAUUGUAGUUUGUAAUUAAUUUUAUCCUUAUUUUUCAUUUUAGUUCUACAUCGUAAUCAUUUUUAACAAGACACCUCAAGAAUUGAAUUUUAAGGAUAGGAUCAAGAGACCGACCGAUUUGUUUGCUUUAUAACGAGGUCUUGUUUUAUCGAGAUUCUUUUCCAUAUAUUUUAUCAUAAUGGUUAGUUACAUCAAGGAAUUCGUCAUACAGAGGUUCGAUAUAUCGAGGUUCCUCUCGGCUGUAGUAGUAAACAACAACUGAAAAAUUCAAGCUUUUGUAUAGGGGUGCCGCUAACUGAUAAUUUUAUUCUACAAUUUAUCGCUCUUUUCAAUAUUUUUGGCGUUUAGCUUUUCAGCUUUUUUUCAAUUAUUCCUUCAAAAGUAAACACUUUUCACGAGACUGAUAUCUUUGCUACUUUAAAGGGAGUUAAACAAACUACUACUAGCAGUAUCAGUAUAUUUUCUUGUCUGUAUCAAUUCGAAUUUUUGAACGAAGUCUGUGCAUUGAUCAUCCUUUUCAUUUCUAAAAUUUCUCAACAGGUUACAGCUGCCAGUAUCGAUAUGGUUCCCAGGCAUUCCUUUUCUCGCUGGCUAACAAGCCAGGAUGGGCACCGGUGAAACUGCCUCAGCCAGGGCAGCAUAGUGAUAGCAGAUAUUCCAUAUACGACUGCUCGUCUCAUGGACCUAUUUUCGGAGGAGGCCAUGACAUUGCCAUUUACGACUACGCGUCAUCCAGUAGCAGUAACUAUGCUAACCUUGGCUAUACUUACAGCCCACCAAGCGGAUACAACUAUGGAGACACCUUCACCUACACAUUUCUGGCAGGAGGAAGUAAUUAUCAUUUUACACCAGACGAAGUGGAAACAUUUUACGAAACAACCUAAAAACUGUGGCAUCGUAUUCAGCUUCAAACUUGACAGUCAAUUACUAUUACACUGAUUAAGCCAAGAUAAUAUACUUUUUUUAUAAACC